AUGGAGGUACUCAAAAAUAAUUUUCACGAGCUUUUGCCAUCAAUUACAGAUGCUAUUCAAGGGGCCGAUUUUAUAGCUAUAGAUACUGAAUUGACAGGGCUUAGCGAGCAUAUUGAACGAAUUAAAAGCUUCGACGAUCCGCAAUCAAGAUAUUCAAAGUUUCUUAUCAUUCAAUUUGGCCUAUGUACCUUUACAUACAAUAACGACGAAGAUACUUUUGUUGCUCGCCCAUUUAAUUUUUAUAUCUUUCCGGCCAAUGCUGAUAGAAGGGAUUAUAAUGAUAUUUGCUUUAUGUGUAGCGGAUCAAGUUUACAUUUCUUAAUGAAAUGUGGAUUUGAUUUUAACAAAUUGAUUUCUCAAGGAAUGCCAUAUUUGAAUCAUACGGAAGAAGCGAAACUUUUACAAAGAAGGGCUGAUAUUGCACAAAGACAAACGGACAAUCCACCGGAUGACGAAACUAAAGUUUUUGUAGAUAAAGCUAUUGCUUCAAUCGAAGCGUGGCUAGAUAGUCAUGAAAAACAGUUAAAAUUAUCAACACCACAGAUUAGCCAGAAACGGCUGAUCUUUCAGGAAAUUAGGGCAAGAUUCAGUGGACUCCUAUCCGCAGAGAGCAAGCCUAAAUGUAUAGUGCUUGAAAAGUUAUCAGAUGAACAAAAGGAGAAAAGAUCCAGAGACGAGGCUGCUGAAGCUCUAGCCGCCAGUAUAAAUUUUCGAGUUAUUAUUGAGCUGUUGAUGCAAUCAAAAAAACCUCUGGUAGGUCAUAAUUGUCUCUUGGAUAUUUGUCAAAUUGUUCAUCAAUUUUGGCAGGAUCUGCCAGAGAAGUUGAAAGAUUGGAAAAAGCUCGUGCAUGGAUUGUUCGAUGUAAUUAUUGAUACGAAGCAUUUGGCAGCAACACACCGAAAAUUGCAGUCACUUCUACCAAAGAAUAGCGUUCAAGACAUUUUAGAAAUUGUUCAGGAAGAGCAAUUUGAGAAGCUGGCUCCGAAAGUUGAAGAGAAGGUUGAUGUUUAUGCUAAUGUAUUGGGUGAUUGUUCGGCGAACGGGCUAUCAAAUGAGGAUAUGGAAAUUGUGCCAGAACAAUAUAUAAAUUUGGAUGGCGACGAUGGAUAUCCUCCGACUAAAACAAAUGGAUUCUUGAUAUCAAACAUUCCAGCAUCUUGCUCCAAAGCGACAAUGAACGCCCUUUUCGAAGAAUAUGGAAACAUAUUUUUCCAAUGGAUUGAUGAUACUCAUUGUUGGCUUACUGUUAAGGAUGAUAAGAAAGUAAAUAAAGUCCCACAUGGAAUUUUGGGUAAAUCAAAAAUGUUUUUAGAAUUUCUGGAAGGCGGUAAAAAAUAUGAUCUGGCACAAGAAAAAGGAAUUACGAAGGAAAUGGGUGAAAUUUUUAUCCAGUCAUGGGGUGAUUGGAUACAAGCAAUAUUAGAAGCAGAAGAGGAUAAAGAAGUAAUUGAGCCUCCAAGUAUUGAUAGCACAUCAUUCGAUGGAUUCGAUGAAAUAAAAUACGAAACAUAUGAUGAUCGUGUUGAAGAGAUAGAAUUUGAAUAUAAGGAACCUUUCCCAAUUCCUCGAGAUGAAUUAUCGACCUGGGGAUGUUUGAAUGAAUGGAAGGAAGAUGGUAAUGCAGACGAUACGUCAAGUGAAUGGGGUCAACCUCCUACAUAUUUCUCUGAUACAAUAAAUACCAGCAUUAAACGUACGCUAUCGGCACAUCUGACAGAAGCCAACGAAAAUGAUAUAAAUGAUGCAUUUAAGAGAACAAAAAUUGGGUAG